AGUUGAUAAACUGAAUUUUACACAAUGUAGUACCUAAAUGAGCCUAACGUAGAUCAAACAAAUUAUAAAAUGAUUGCUGAAGUGUAAAAUUAGUUUUCUUGGAAUUACGUUUCAUGAUUGAAAAAUGUUGCAGUUGUUCUAUAGAGUUUGAUAUAAGUACACAAAAUUUCUCUUCGAUUUCUAGUUUUGUUUUCAUCUUGUGCAUCUGCUGUGUGUUUAUAAGAUUUAAGGUGUUCUACUUUCCCUUCUGAGCAGCAGAAUGAAAUCCUACAACGAAACACGAAAUAGUAGCGUCAGUGUGGGAGCUUCUCAAUUAAUAUUUUCACAACUACUCACAACAUUGGUACACUCUUACUACGAUAUCUACACCGUUUAUCCAACUGAUCGCAGUGCAGACAUCCAAACAAACGAUGAAUUUGAUUUCAUCGUCGUCGGAGCAGGUUCAGCUGGAUCCGCAUUGGCGAACCGUUUGAGCGAAAAAAGCUCCUGGAAAGUUUUACUCAUAGAAGCUGGACCUGAUCCACCAGUUGAAUCCGAUAUCCCAGCAUUAUUUUAUACCGUGCUGGGUUCCAAAUACGAUUGGAAGUACAAAGUAGAUAAAUGUCCGAAAAGUUGCCGAAGCAUGAUUGACAAUCAAUGCCUUUGGCCUCGAGGAAAACUCUUGGGAGGUUGCAGCUCGAUUAAUGGCUUAUUAUACGUACGUGGCAAUGCCAAAGAUUAUGAUAACUGGGAAAGGUUAGGAAACCCUGGUUGGAAUUAUGGAAAUGUUGUGAAAUAUUUCAAGAAGCUGGAAAUUGCUAAAUCGGAGUCAAUGGAGAAGGAGGCUCACGGAUACGAGGGUUAUGUUCACGUAGAAGACUUUCCAGAAGGAGAUUUACUUGGCAAUAAAUUUAGUAGAGAGUUGCUGGUGAAAUUAUACAACGAAUUAGGAUUACCUUUUGUGAAAGAUAUGAGCGCGAGGCAAAAAUCUGGAAUUACCACGAUUCCAGGUACAGUGAAAAAUGGCGUCAGAUGGAAUACAGCCAAAGCUUAUCUAGCUCCUAUUAAAGAUAGAAAGAAUUUAUCAGUGAUGAAAGAAACCAUGGUCACAAAAAUAUUAAUCGACCGUAAUAAAAAGGCUUAUGGGGUAGAAGUAUUUCAAAAUAACGUUUACAAGAAAAUAAUCGCCAGAAAGGAAGUCAUAUUGGCAGCAGGAGCAUUGAACUCGCCGCAGCUUCUCAUGCUUUCAGGAAUUGGUCCUCGAGAUCAUUUGAGAUUUUUCAAUAUUCCAUUAGUCAGUGAUUUAAAAGUCGGAUUCAAUUUACAAGAUCAUAUAUUUCUGCUAAAUUUACUCGCUAGAGUUACAGACAAACCAUCUAAAGAAGUUUCUUCGCUCGACUUAAUGUAUUCCUACUUGACUGAAAAAACUGAACUAGGAUCUGUGUCCAUUUUGAAUACGAUGGCAUUCGUUGACACUGAGAAUAAAACAGAUGAUUAUCCGGAUAUUCAAAUACACCAUUUCAGCUAUCCGCCCAAAAAUGACUUCUUAAGGGGUUUCCUGCAAACUGCUAAUUUACCCAUAGAACUUAUCGAAAAAUAUGAAAAAGAAAACCAAAAACAUACUUUGAUUCAGUUCCUUCCAACUUUACUUAGACCACAAAGUACUGGCAGAAUAAUGCUCAACAGUAAUAAACCAUUCGAUCCACCUAAAAUUGUCACAGGGUACUUGACCAGAUUCCACGAUAUAAAAACUUUUAUACGAGGCAUAAAAUUUAUUCGUAAGCUCGCCGAUACCAAGGCGUUCAAAUCUUGCUGCGAAUUUAUCGAGAUUCAACCUCUAAGAGAAUGUAGACAUUUCAUAAAGUCAACGGAUCCGUAUUACGAAUGUCUUAUCCGUAACUUUGCCCAAACUGUGUACCAUCCUGUGGGUACUUGUAAAAUGGGGCCUAAAAUGGAUAGAGAUGCUGUUGUAGACGCCAGACUCAGAGUAUACGGGGUGAAAGGGUUAAGAGUAGCUGAUGCUUCGAUAAUGCCGAAAAUAGUUAAUGGAAAUACCCAUAUUCCUGUAGUUAUGAUUGGUGAAAAAGCUGCUGAUUUAAUAAAAGAAGAUUGGCCCGGUGAUUGAAGUUGAUUCAAGUCUAGAAAAAUGGUAUUGAGCAAUUAAUUGAGUUGAUUUUUCCAUGAUGAAUUGGUUUAAGGUUUUGUAAUUUUUUCUGAGGUAAUUAUUUGUUUUAGGUACCUAUAUUACCCAAUAGAAUCAUUAAAUACAGACUUCGUUGAAUUUAUUUUCAUUUUUGAAUUCUUGAUAUUUUAUAGAUGAUUUGUGGCAUGGAAUUAGAGUGCCCACACAAUUUCUUCAAAUUUUGUGUCAUAUUUCGAUCCGACAAGAUUUUAUGACUCGAUAAAAAAUCCUCUCUUAGUAGCCUAGAUUUUGUUUUUUUUUUUAUUUUUUGGUCAAAGUCACUAUAUUGUUGAUUUUUUUUUGAAAAAAAUUUCCAUUUUAUGUUUAUUUGUUUUGUUAGAAAUGAAGGAUUUGAGCUUUUUCAAAGUAUUUUCCAAAAUGAUUUUUUUUUGAAAGCUCAACUUUUUCGUGAUUUGGGCAAUCGGGCAAAGUGCCCUAUUACACUCUUCAAAGCAAUUUGUUUCCCAAAAAUGGAAACCUAGAAAACCGUCAAAGGGUUAAAAUUUGAACUAAAGCAUAUCUGCUAUGUAAAGUAUGCAUUUACAUAAAAUCUCAAUUUGAUUGAGUAAAAUUUUGAAAUGAGUAUAAUUCAACAAUGCUUCUUAUGUAGGUAAGUAGGUAAUUAAUUUUAAUCCUAGACAGUUUUGUGUUUGGAAAAUAAAUCUUUAACAUAUCUAUCGAAACCAGUGCGGAAAACAGUUAACCGUUUUCCGCACAUGUUUACAAAUUCUAAAUUGACAAUUUUUUUAAAAUUUCUCUUUUAUUUUCCUCUCAUAUGAAAUUAAAAUAGUAUACUAUUAUAAAAAUUUGAUUUAAUGUAGGUAUAUUAUUUUCUUUCUUUCAUUUUAUUGAUAAAAUAAGAAUAAAAAUUCACUUUAUUUUUUUUUCUGGUAAUACAUGGGUCUCCGUGUAGCGAAUUUCCGCAUAUUUACGCCGUAAUUACGAGAUCGUUGCAUCUCGCCGCUGUUGUUGGCUUUUAGCACUCGACGCAGUAGCUAAAAGCAUAACCUCGAAGAGCACAUUAUCAACAUGUUGCUCCAGAGUGAUCCGUUAGGCUAUAGAGAGUCUUAGCUAGUAUUACCUAGAAGUAAGAUGUCUGUCCGUAGUAAUUAACCGAAUAUUCCGAAUAAUUAAGUUGUUAUCGUUUAAUUGUUAAUAAAAACAUUCGAAAAGUC